CGUCAGGCUAAACCAACCUUGGAAAAUGAAGACGCUUAUUUUUAAAACUCUCGUUCUAUACCUUUCAGCGAUAGCAAUCAGCGCUGCUGACGUUCCAGUUCCAAUUGAUAACUAUGAAGGAAUGGUUAACGAUUUAGUGAAGGAAGCGCAAGAUGCAGCAUUAAAAACUGCAGAGGCUUUGGAGGUUCAGUACAAGGUAACUGUUGUAGAGCCCCUCGAUCAAGUUGAUACCGCCGUGCAGAAAAUUGAGGAGCGACGUGAAGAGGAUGCCAACUGUGUUGCACCUAAAGAUCCAGAAAUAGAUUUGGUCGUAGAUACUUUACAUGAGGAGUUGAUGGCGUGUGGCGUUGUUGCUGCUAGAACAUCAGCACAAAUUAUGAUUGAUGUUAAUGAAGCAACCCAGCAAUUGGUGUUUGAUGGUUAUGACCUCUUAAAGCUUUACCAGAAGUGCAAAAACUACAAAAACAGUGUUUUGAAAAGUACCUGUUAUACGAAGUUAUCAAUUAAAGCCACAUUGUAUCUAAGAAAUUCUCGUCGAUCCAUAAAGACCAUUAAACAAUCUAAGCAGCGCGUCCCAGACGUAUUUACGGACGCGAAUAUAUGCACUAAUAAUUCGGCAGAUAAGGCUGUUAUUGAAUUAGAGUCCAUUCAGGUUGAAGUCGACUCCUGUAUAAACAAAAUAUUUAAAUAAAAUUUCUAUGUUUUCCAUUUAA